AUGGCGUUUGUUGAAAAAAUAACAAGUUUAAUUCGUGCUAGAAGUGUUUAUUCAAUUGUCAAAGGAAUUCAUACGACUUGUGUCAUUCAAAUUGAUCAAAAAUGGAGAAGAGAAAAUCGUUUGCCAAAAAAUCCAAAUAAAUUUGGAGCUCUUACAAAUCUUCCGGAUUAUUCUUUUGUUGAUGGAAAACCAGUACCAUUUGGAAUAAGACAAUAUCAAAGAAUACAAAAACAACGUGAAUAUUUGGAAAAAAUUCAAAAAUUAACAAGUGAAGUUGAUUAUGCUGUUUUGAGACAUGCAAAAAUGCAAGAAAAAAUUAUGGAAAAUAGACAAAAAAUUAUAAGUAGUAAAUUCAAACCAAAAGGACAACAAUUAAUCAAUGAAUCAACAUCACAAUCUGAUCAAAAUUAAAUUAGUUUAUUAGACAUAUGUUUAUAAUAUUUUUUUUUUUAUUCAGUUGUGAAAAGUGUAUAAAUAAAUGUGUGCAAAAAAAAAAAAAUAAAAACUGGGUGAUAGAAAAAAC